CCAAUUCCCCACCUACUACCUCUUCUGGAAGAACCCGACUUCAACUUGUGUUGUCCGCCAUCCUGUUCCUCUCUUCCUGUGAAGAGAAGCAUCUGAAGGGGAGAGGAGAACAAGAAAGAACUUCGAAUCCUGUACUCUUCUUACGAUGCCCCUACUUACUACCUCCGGAACCCUAAAUCUUUUCCCGAGCUCGCGCCCUGUCCAAUUAUCCGUGGGCAGGGCUUCCGCCGCGUCGAAGGCCUCCUCCUUCGCCGGUUCCUUCCACCACAGAGUAUCGGAUUCUAUCUCGGUCUCCUUCUCUCGAAGCUUUCCAUGGUAUUCAUCUCUCAUAAUGCCUUCGCCCCGCUUGUUGGCGAGUAUUUCGAGCUCCGCAGCUUUAUCCGGCUCUGGCGGCGGCGGUAGGGAUGGACUUGCCGGAGGCUCCGGCGGUGGAGGAGGUGAUGGUGGAUCAAGUGGCCAGGUGGCGGCGACGGGAUCACUCGUAGGGGAGACGGAAGAGGAUCCUGCUCUAGAAUCGGAUGUUAUAUUUCUUAGUGUUGGAGGAAUGACAUGUGGAGGGUGUGCUGCGAGUGUGAAGCGCAUCUUGGAAAGUCAACCUCAGGUGGCUUCAGCUACUGUAUACCUUGAGAAAGAGAUUGCGGUUGUUUCGACUGUACCUGAAGCUAAGGAUUCAGAAAACUGGCAGCAGCUGCUGGGGGAGAAACUUGCAAACCACUUAACGGCUUGUGGAUUCAAGUCUGAGUUUCAAGGUCAAGGACAAGCAAUUGAGAAAGAACUUUGAAUCUAUCCUGGAUAAUUAUGGCCGUCUGAUGCCUCUUCCAUUUAACUUAUAACAUGCAUCUUUCUAUUUAAUUUGAACAUGCUUUAUUUAUUUUAUAAUUUAUAAUAAGGAUACUUUUCUUUUGUAUUAAUCAUGUCCUAUUUUAGAUAUGUCUAUCAAGUCAUUGGUCUAUAUAAAAGGUUCUAAUAUCAUGUUGAA